AGAUCCAGUUGCAUUAUAGGUUGACAGCAGUGCUUGUCCAUUCACCUGUGGGACACUUCUGACCUUCAGAGCACACCAGAGGCCCGUCACAACAUAGAUGCAACCAGACAAACCCUCAUCAUGGAUCUGAUGGGACACUAUACCGCACCACUGUGUUCACCAGCAAUCAGCUGGCUGUGCUCGACUCUUCAAUGACACAGCGAGAAGCUCCAUGCUGGCAGGACACAGAGGGAUCUGAAGGAGUCAGAGCAGAAUUCUGCUCCAAAUAUAUCUGGCAGUUCUCCCAGCGUGCUCCUGGAGAGGAGAUUCUGGCAGUCCAGAAUGAUGCAACAGAUCUUGAGAGACAUGUUUGUAGAUCCAGAGCUUCUGGCUGAACUAAAUGAGGAGCAGAAGCAGAUUCUUUUCUACAAAAUACGUCAGGAGCAGGUGCGACGAUGGACAGAGCAUGAAAGCCAAGAAGGAAGCUGGGAAAGACCCCUGACCAAGGAAAGAGAUGAAAACAGAAAGAGUGUACAGUGGCUGCAGGGAAGAGAUGGCGAGGUUUGGGUCUGGGUAAUGGGGGACGCCCCUGGAGACAAAUCAUAUGAGAUGAUUGUCAAAGAGUUGAUGGAGGAGAGAGCCAGGCGACAGGCUCAGCUAGAAGCCCAGGAGCUAUGGCGAAAGAAAGAAGAAGAAAUAAAGCAAAAGUUCAGAGAUGCCAUCACAAAGGAAAAAGCACGCUUAGUUGCAGGAAAGUGGAAGGAAGAAGCUGAGGACAGGAAGGCAGCAAAACAGGAGGAGGAACGGAUACGGGAGAAACUAAAGAAACAAGAGGAAGAGGAAAGACAGAGGGAAGAGGAGGAGAUACGGCGUGCAGAGGAAAAAAGGGCGAAGGAGCUAUAUAUGUCCCUUGAGCAAGAACAAAAAAGAAGCGAACAACGUGACAAAGAGUGGGAGGAACAAUUACGUCGCUCCAAAGAAGCUGAUGAGGAGAUGACAAGAAAGGCUCGCUGGGCAAGAGAUGAGUAUAAGCGUCAGUCACUUAGGGCUAUAGAGAAAGGUCAUGUAGCUGGCUUGAGUGGCCAUUUCCAGAAACAAUCCCACCGGAGACACAGCACUUUCAUUGAACCAUCUGUUAGUCCUGUUUCUGGCAAUGAAGUCCGUCCCAGGCCCGGCCUUCAGCGUGCAGAACCCCCUCUGUACCGGCGAAGACAAAGCCGCAGACAUAGUACAACAGCAGCACAACCACUAAUGGACAGCCCCGCAUGGAUGCAAACACCACGGCCCAGUUCCAGGGAAAUGGUUAUUCUCUGGUUCACUGAAGAGCAGAAACCAAAACAAGCGGGACACGAACGGAAUAGCAACGCUAUCGCACCGUGGUUCCACGGUAUCAUCUCCCGAGAGGACUCAGAGACACUGCUUAUGAAUGCUGCCGAGGGCUCUUUCUUGGUACGGGUCAGUGAGAGGAUAUGGGGCUACACACUGUCCUAUCGCACAGCCAGCGGUUUCAAGCAUUUCCUUAUCGAUGCUUCUGGGGACUAUUACAGUUUUCUGGGUGUGGAUCAAAACCGUCAUGCCACCCUCGCCGACCUCAUCAACUUCCACAAGGAGGAAAUCAUUACAACCACAGGGAAAGAGCUGCUGCUGGAGGCCUGCAAGCGGACUGGGCCCUCUGUGGACUUCGGAGGGCUUUUCCUGUGACUCCCUGCACGCUAAAGACUCCCGAGGCGAAUCUCUGUAGCAGGGUGUUCACUGCAUUUAAAAGAACAUGGUCAAAAAUAAACAUAACAUGUUCUGCGUCUGAGUUACAGUGCCUUAUGAUCUGGCCUCAACGGAAAGUUGUUGUUUUUUUUCCUGUGCAAAUUUAUUUACUAAGGAUUUAAACAUUGCGAAUCUGUUAAAUGGUGCAGGUCAUACUAAUUAGGUAGACCUUUGUGAUACUUUUUUUCAUUUUCUGCGCUGAUGUUUGAUUAAAAAUAACAAAAUCUGGUUUUGAACAUGGUAAAUUGUGUCACGUGAAGCAGAACAUACGAAGUAUACAGAGAUGCAUAAAACCUUUUUUGCGUUCUGUGCUGAUUUUUAAGGAAAAUACGCAGCUUUCUGGUUUUCGUAAAACAUGUUAUGUGAAGCAGAGACACAACUUUGAGGCGUAAGAUAAGAUAAAUAAGAACCAGUGUGGACACUGGAACAAUGCAUCCAGAGAAAGUUUAACUAAGGAAGGUCUGAUUUAACAACAGGAAAAGACUGUUUCCUCAGUCCAUCCUUUUAUUGUAUUGUAGCUUUUGCCAUCUUCCACUGAGAGAAAUCGGAUCUUCUAUACUUCUUCUUACCCAGCAAAAUGUGCACAUCAUCCUACAGAGGGUCAAUGGUCUUUUUUAUUUGUUCGCAAUAUGUUCCCACUCCAUCUGCACUGCCAGAAAAGGCCAUAAUGGGACUUUUUAUUAGGACGGAUUGUCAAAGGCAUUCAAUCUAAUGUAGAGGUGACCGUGAAAUGGCGAAGUUACCAAGAUCCCGCUUCUGCUUUAUCACCAUUGAGCAAGACACCCCAGGUUUCUCCAGGAUGACUCUGCUUGUAAUUAGUGUGCUGUAAAUCACUUGAACUGGAAAAUGCAGCAACUAAAUAAGUAGCUUUAUGGGCUGAAAAGUCGCACAAGGAUCGUGGCAAAUGUACCUCACUGCAGGUUUUCUCAAGAAAUGGAGCUUUCUGACCUGUCUGAAGUCUGAAGCUCGGAUAUCAUUGAUUGAUCGGUGGCUGAUUUUAUGUUACAUAGUUUGGCUUGUUUUUUGUCCCUGCUCCAGGCAGUUUUCUGGGAAAACAUACUUUUACAACAUGAUUAUUUCAAUGAAUUGUUUCUUUAUGAAGGAAAGUAAUCUGUAUAAGUGCAUAAAUAUCAGGGCAAGAAGAUAUUGGCAACACGUAUAACUUCAAAAAUAUGUGGAACAGGACUAGAUUGGGAUAGUAAGCGUUACUAGAAACGAGGAUUAUCAGCCACCAGGUUAAGCCGUUUCUAAAUUAAUUUUAAAUUAAUACUUUUAUUCAGCAAGGACACUUAAAAUUGACAAAUUCUAUUUCUAUUCAUUUUAGAAUCAUGGAAAAAAAGAAAUCAGGGCUUUUUGGAAUCUCUUCAGCAUAUUAGAAUGAUUUGUGAACUGUAUUUGUGAUUAAAUGUGAAUAUAAAUAUAAAUAUGAAUGGGAUAAAGAUUUUAAAAAUAUAAUUCCAGCAUAAUUCAUAAACCAGCAUUUUUCAUUUAGAAGACGAAAGACAGUGUGGCUGAUAAUGUCAAACUUUUUUUUUUAUUGAAUAUAAAAAUGCUGAAAAGAAUUCAGAAAAUAUUUACAAAGACAACAAUUAUCCAACAACAAAUAACAUCUAGAUCCAACACAAAAAAAACAUCCCUUCAUGAAAAAAGGAGGCUCUUGCAGCAAAGUCAGGGAAACUGUACUGCAUUUUAGUAAAUACUCUAUUAAGCUUUAACACUACACAGUGGCACAGACAGACACUCCAAAAAGGGAUAAAAUAGUGCACUCUGAAUUAAAAAGAUCAACUAAAUGCUUUCUUUUUCUUGUUAAAUAAUUUUCUUUUUGCAUUGAUGAGAUUUCAGAGGUCAUGUCAUAUAAGUAUACUAAGAUAGAACUUCAAAAUGAUAAGUCUUUGGGCUGUAGAAAGAGUGAAGACGGGCAGGUGUUUGCAUUUAUGUCAGAAUGCAUAUUGGGUUUUUUUUGGCUAAUUCAAGUGUGAAGACAUUAAUAUUAUUAAUGGUAUGUAUUUUAAGUAGUUUGUGCCGUGCUGGCAGUUAAAUUGUUAAUUGAAAACACAAGUAAAUAUUCUUUAAGCACCCGUAAAAAAAGGUUAAUCAUGGAUAUGAUUCUAUUCAGCUUUAACACGGUAUACAAUACAUUUUAUGAAACCUUAUAAUGCCAGAGAAAAGGCACAAAAAUCUGCAUUUUCGUAAAAAAGUCAAGAAGUAAGAGUAGAAAAAAAGGAGGUAAACGUUGGCAUCUCAAGGCAAUGUUGACAUCAGUAUAAGCCAUAUGGUGACUACGUGAAUUUCCAGUGAAUCUUAAAAGUUAAGCAGAGGUCCAACAGAAAGUGACCAUUUACAAAUGUGAGACAUUCUGUUAAAAAUGAUCAAACAGAAUGAACAAAUAACAGCACAUAUGAGUUGCUUACUGUAAUAUAAAGGAUACAUACUGAUGUAUCUUACCUCUAUCAUUUAGGAUCUAAUGGAUCGGCUCACUGGCAUUUGAUUUCUAAGCAGCUGUAUUCCCGAUGUGUUCCGUUUACAUGCGAGUACUUCCGGUCAGAUCCUGAUCAUUUUCUUCUGCACUCUUUGCGGUUGACAUUAAAUGCAGACCUUCUGUCCGCGGAAAGACUUAAGUAAUAAAUUCAACAAAACUCAACAAACAUUAAAAGAUAUGCGUUUACUGCAGUUAAAACUGCGUGAAACUGUUCUCUUUCAUAAGACUUUUUACUGUGAGAGGACACGUUUUUUUUCAUCUUCAAGGAAAAAUAAACAUGCUUCUAAAAAAACAUCCUAAAUUUGUUCCAGUUUGUGCUUUUGUACCAAUUCUUAAUUCAGUUCCCAAUAACAACAAAUAAGUACGCAUAAGAUUUUGGAGUGUAUGUAACAGGACCAUGUAAGAUACAUUACAUUUCAGUAAUCAAAGCUUGGUUGACCACUUAUAACAAAUUACACUUCAGGUUAGUUUACAGGUUAUGGUCCCAUCGUGUUGCCACUUAAGUAUACUCCGCUUGGUUAAUAGUGGUCGCAAAAAUACAAAUGUUUGGUUAAUGGUUGUCCUAUUAAAAAAAACAAAUAUUUGAAUAAAAAUAGGGAGUGGACUGGAGGUAAACUUGAAGAAGAGACAAGGCACACAUGUGACAGUAUCCAACUGAGCUUAGGCAGCCGCGUAUUCAAUAUGUAGUCUAUAGAAUUGCUGAAAAGGUGGUCCAGUGAAUGGUGUAGAGUCCUCUU